GUUUAUCAACAUGGCCCAGGCAUGCUCCAACGCAGAGAGCGAGAUACCAGACUGGGACUGGGACGCUGUGCAGAACGCUUCCGUGGACAAGUGGGAAGAUAUCCUGAGCCGUAUCGAGAUCGAUACCACGAAGGAGAACUCUACGGUCGUCGAGCUGCUGUACUCAUCGCUCUACCGCUCUCAGCUCGUUCCCGCCAACCUAACCCACGAGAAUCCGUACUGGGAAUCUCCUUACCCUUUCUACGAUGCCUUCUUCUGCUCCUGGGAUACGUUCAGAACCGUUCAUCCCUUGCUAUCUCUCACUUCACCUGUAGAAUGGGCAGAGAUAGUAAAUGCUUAUGUCGACGGCUGGAGGCACACAGGCUAUAUACCUGAGUGUCGCGCGAACACCAAAAAAGGGUAUGUACAGGGCGGGGACGACGGAAUGCCCAUCCUGGGCGAUUUUGCUGUCAAGUAUGGCUCCAGGGCUUCGGAGCUGGGCGUGCCCAUCGACGACCUGUAUCAAGCACUCGUAGACACGGCCGAAAAUACACCUCCGGACUGGUACAUGGUCGGUCGCCAGAACACAGCAUGGAAAAUGUUUGACUACAUUCCGACAAACUGGACGGACCCUUCGGGUGCGACAGGAUUGAUGACGCGCGAGGCGUCUCGCACGCUUGAGUACGCCCUUGGGGACUUUGCCGUGCGCCAAGCUGGUGUAGCCCUCAACAAGUCCCUCGACGACAUCUUCAAGUACGGCAACAGGUCUAUGGGCUUCGUCAACGUCUGGGACCCCAACGUUACCAGCGAUGGAUUCACCGGGUUCGCCCAGCGAAGGUUCGCGAAUGGGACCUUCGCAUUCAGUGACCCUGUAGACUGUUCGCCACUUGAUACUGUCGGUCAUUCUUGCGCGCGGGGAACAGACAACGAUGUCGGUUUCUAUGAGUCUUCUUCAUGGGAAUACAGCUUCUUCGCGCCUCACUCAAUGGCGACUGUAGUUGAACUGAUGGGUGGAAACGAUACCUUUGUCAGCCGAGUGGAGCACUACUUCACCAAGGGAUAUUUCCUCGCGGGAAACGAGCCAUCUUUUGAGAUGCCCCUUGCCUAUCACUACGCCAACAGGCCCGAUCUUUCUGCCCUUCGUAUGCGGGAGGUUGUCUUCGAGAACUUCAACACCGGAAUAGGCGGGAUCCCCGGAAACGACGACAGCGGCGCCAUGGCUGCCCUCCUGUCCUUCCACAUCCUGGGACUGUAUCCCGUCCCAUCCUCGAAGCAGCUCCUGCUCAACUCUCCGCUCGUGUCCGCCUUCAAGCUCCGGAACGACUUCUUCGGCACCACCACCACGUUCACCGUCUCCGGCUUCGAUCCCGCGUCCGUCGCACCGACGCCGCCGGAGACGGCGCGCGUCUACGUGACGAACGUGACCGUGAACGGCGUCCCGCAGAAGUCGAUCUGCUGGCUGUCGUUUGACGAUGUGGUCGGCGGUGGCGAAAUUGUGAUUACUGUCGACUCCGAUGCGGACGCCGCGAGUGCCAGGGGUUGCGGAGGAAAUGGCACCUUACCGGAUUCGCUUGCUACGGGAGGCUUCCCCAUCUAGAGGUAGCACAAGCACACAGGCGGACGCAGUACAUAUACAUAUAUUGGAUUUGUACACUAGCGAGACAUACAAUUGGCUGGGUGCGCUAUUGUGCCUCCCAGUCUCCGC